AUGCUGCUAAGAUGGGGCCUGUCUAUUAUGUGGCCAAGUAACAGCGGCCUUCUUCAGCUCACUGCUAUGAGGCAUUCGCAGUGUACUAUACGAUGUAGAGCUGUUCCGUUUGGCGCGUUGGCAUUGCGCCAUAUUGAUGAGGGGGCCCCAGAGGCACCAUCACGGCGUGAGCCGCCAAUCUCUAUGCCGUUGGCAUACAUCCAAGAAUGCAUUACAGAGGUACAACAAUAUCGGACUGAGGACGCGAUGUGGUCAAAGGAAACUUUGCGUGAGGCGUGGAAAACGUUCCACCACACACUACAGACGGCCAUGGAACGAGAGGAAGCUGUAAAGACGCAGGAGAUGAUCGACAAAGAUCUAGUUGGUUUGGCCUUAUGCACUUCGUACGCUGAGGUGAAGCAUCUCUUAUCCAUACUCUCGCCUUCUCUGCGUGAUGCCGUUACCUCUCAUCCGUCGUUUUGCCAUGCCGAAGUGGAGGAAUUUUUUAUGCAUCUUGGCCAGGAGAUGGAGGUGCGAGGCGCCGACUGGGUAGCUCAAUUACCACCCCCAUCUGCGAGCGAGCUUCAUUUUUCCAUCGAGAAAAUAGGUCGCUUUGGUGAUGAUGGAAGGGGUUGUAUUCGGAACACGCCGCAUCGUGUUUCCGUCUGGCGUGGCCGUCUUGGUGAGCCGCUUGGUCUCACCAUUCGAGUAGGCCGAUACGUGCCGAACGUCGCUCGAGCCCUGAUUCCGCUAGCUCACAAGGGAAGUGUCCUGAUCCUGUCCAAGGCGGGUAUUGGCAAAACAACUCUGUUGCGCGAUCUUGCUGCGUCGCUGUCUCGAGAACCAUCGAAGCCGCGCGUCGUUGUCAUCGACACCUCCAACGAAAUCGGGGGAGAUUGUCCGAUACCACUUCCAUUUUUGGGUCGCUGCCGACGGAUUCAAGUUCCCCGUCGCGAGGACCAGGGACAAAUCAUGGCACAUGUUCUACAGAACCACUCCCCUGAGUAUGUCAUUGUGGAUGAAAUUGCCACAGCUUCCGAGGCGGAAGCGGCGUGGUCAAUGACGCAGCGAGGCGUCCACCUUGUUGCGACAUGUCAUGGAGAAAGCCUUGAAGGAUUAUUGCAAAAUCAAUCUCUUAACCUCCUUGUCGGUGGCGCGGCUCAGGCGUUUCUCAGUAAUGAAGAGCGAAGGCUACGAAACAAAUCUAAAAAAACAAUUCUUGAAAGGCCAUAUUCGUCACCGUUUCGUUUUGUUGUUGAGCUGAAUACUAAAAAUAAAGCACACGUUUACACCGAUGUCAAUGCUGCAGUCGACCUUCUUUUGGAUGACCAAGAUGCGAGGCACAACGCUUCAGUGGGGCAGGCAGUUACAUUGGACCGGCAACCGUCGGAUCAACUGCUGGGUACGGUGAGGGCCAGCGAGAAGAUAUCGCGAUUGGAGACAAAAUGUCAUUUAGGAGGCCGUGGAAGGUUGGAGACUGAUAGCGAUGACGGGGGUGGUCUUUGCGACACGAACGUUUCUUGUAACGGGCGAAGGUUCCGAAAACCGUGGGCAGGCGAACGCACAAGAAAAUAUUCCGGUGUUCGGAAACGAACGGAUGAGGAACUCUUGGAGGAUCUGCAGGAGUUUCUCUGA